CUAGCAACGCCAGUGGACCUUUCAUGUGAAAAACUAGCUAGCUAGAGUUCUUUUAAACUGUAAACGUCUUCCCUUUGACUGCUAACAAGUUAGUCUGUCGUCGAGUUUUUUCUUUUAAUGAAAUAAUGAAUGGAAAAACCGGCGAACAGUUUCCUUCCGCGUCGCUAAGCUCCUGCCCCCCAGGGUCCCCCAAUGACGCUGCUUCAGCAGAGACCCCCACCUGCACUGAGCUGGAGGAAAACGGAGGGAUGGAGGUAAAGCAGAUGUCCUUGUACAAGAGGUCUGGGAAAAUAAAACAGCACAGCAAGAAGGAUGGUGUUUUAACAGCUGAGAUGAUUUCAAAUAGUAUAUUUCAACUCGGACGCUUUGGCACUGGGCUCCAGCACUCAUUCUACAUCCUUUCUCUGCCUAGUCACAGUCUCAGCGACAUAUCUGUGCUGUGUAGUUAUGUCCAUCUUCAAAAGCUGGAACUGCCACACAACAAAAUUCAAGAUUUAUCCUGCGUGAGCCACAUGCCCUACCUUGUCGUGCUGGACGCUUCCUAUAAUGAAAUCUCAAACUUCUUUGAAUUCCAGCCACCCAAGAACCUAAAGGAGGUGAACUUCUCCCACAACCGUAUGACUAAAAUGAGGGAUUUGUCAGCCUAUGCAUCGCUAACUAAACUGGUUCUAGACUACAACAGCUUUAGUGAGAUCAGUGGUCUUGAGCAAUGUUGCAGGCUCACCCAUCUCAGCCUUGCACAUAACAAGAUCUCGAGGAUCAGUGGCCUGGGUGGUUUGCCUCUCACACACCUCUGCCUUAGGGGGAACCAUCUGGAGAAAAUUGAAGGGUUAGAGCACCUGAAGAGCCUGCAGGUUCUCGAUUUAUCUCAGAAUCGCAUCACCAGUCUUUCAGGCCUCGAGAACCUCCAUCUGCUAGGCUCCCUCAACCUGGAGAAAAACCUGGUCAGUGAAAUUCAAGAGUGCAAGCAUAUUCACGACCUUUUACUGUUGAGGGACCUCAGUUUGGUGGAAAACCCUGUGCAGGAGCAACCUGAUUACAAGCUGGCAGUCAUCUUCCUCCUUCAGCAUCUGACUGUGCUGGACCGAGAGGCAGUCACUGUUGAAGAAAAGGUGUCGUCAGUAAACAUGUAUGACCCUCCUAUGGAUGUGGUGGCAGCCAGGGAUCACAUAACCCACCUAGUGUAUCAGCUGAUGCAGCCCCAGGUCCUUUAUGAAAGCAGUACACUUCCCAGUGCAGACUCUCCCUACCCCAUGCUGGUGCUCACAGGUCCUCGAGGCUGUGGGAAGAGAGAGCUGACUCACAGACUGUGUCAAGAGUUCAACGAAUACUUUGCUUAUGGAAUCUCUCACACCACAAGGGGGCCGUACUUCGGAGAAGAGAAUGGACUUGAUUACCAUUUUGUCAGUGAGGAGGCGUUUCAGAGUAUGAUUCACACGGGUAAGUUUAUCCAGACCAUCCAGUAUGGGGGGCAUAGUUACGGACUUACCAGAGAUGCUGUAGAGGAUGCGGCUAGAGAAGGAUUGGCCUGUUGCGUGCAUAUGGAGCUGGAGGGUGUUUUCAGUCUAAAAAAGACCUACUUUGAGCCUCGAUACAUCCUGCUCAUUCCCACCCAGGCUGAAAAGUACAUAGGCCACCUUAAAGCCCGUGGACUCUACACCCAUGCACAAAUGGAUGCAGCAGUGUCACGUAUAGAGCUCUACGCCAACACCAACAGGCAACAUCCAGGAUUCUUCGAUAAUGUUAUUCCCUGUGAUGACUGGGAGGAUGCCUACAAGACACUGAGGCAGGCAGUGAAGGAGUACCUGUUGCUAGAGGAGCAGGAGGAGGGAGAGAACAACAACAGAGCAUCCCCUGACAACACCUCCACAGGUCAUAAUCCAGAAGAGAAGCCACUGUCGCCUGUGUCAAUGUCAGGAUCGACACUCGCAUCACACUCAGCCAAAGCUUUGGACCCCUCUGAUAUCUCCUACAGAUCAUAUUUUACCAAGAUCCAAGACGAGCUCCAACCUCAGAAGAGCUCCACUGAGCUAGCUUCCAUCAGGAGGCGUGAGCAGCUGGUGAGGGAGGCUAUAGUGGGGAAGAGUCCAGGGGUUUACAGCCAGCUCUUCAAAAGUUCUGCUCAACCAGCGGCGUCAUCUGUGCAUAAUGAUGAUUCUGGUAACCUUUUUCAUGAGGACAGUGGCUCGGAUGAUUCUCGUGCCAGCUCAGCUUUGUCAGUGCCCAGUUCAGCCGGCGCCUUCUCUGGCUUAGCAGAACCGCUACAUGUCUCAGUCAUGGGACAUGCUUCGGAAACACUUCAAGACCACGUUCCAUCCAGCCAAAUACCUAAUGACCCACAUCCAGGAGCAGAUCAACUAGCUGCAGCUGUGUCCCCAUGCUCUGAUCGACGCCCAGGGUCCAACGUUAAGCCCAUCCUGCCCCCAAUCCCCACUGGGCGCAGGACACCUGCAGCACCCAGCCUAUCUCCUUCACCCAGCCCCAAACCAGGAGUGGAAGAGGAAGGAAAUGCAAACAUGGAGGGAUAGCUUUAAAGGGAUUUUGAUUUCUGGCACCUAAAUGAAGUAAUCCAUCUUUGUAAGAGUAAGAUUUUGUAAGCAUUAGAUUAAAAAAUGAGAAGAAAAGGUUGAAGAAUAUGUGAAAGUACAUAACUUAAAAUACAAGCUUGUAUUCUGACACUAUAAAAACCACAAAACCACGUUUGUUGCUUUUUUCAGUACACAGACAGGAUAUGUCGAAGCCAAACACUUUGAGUUAGAUUAGCCUGUCAAUCAUGCUGCUGCCUGUUAAGAUAUUUAGAUAUACUUCAUUGAUUUAUACUCAAUAUGUUGUUUAUCAUGAGUGAUGAUACAGAUUACUAUAAACAUGGUGACAUUAUUAUUACUACUGUUGAUGACACAUUAUUCUUCAGACUCACGGAUUGGAAAGCGUGUUUUUCAUGCAUGAUAAAUAUGAUGUUUGGAUAAGAAGUAGUUCUUUUUGUCUUCUCGUGUGAACAUUUAUAUAUCCACAACAGAGAUAUUUGCUCAUCUUUGAAAGUUUAUAUAUACAAACUAUGCUAUAAAUGCCAUUUCUUGAUAUGAUAUUAAUAUUUUUGACAGUGUAAUAGUAACAUUUUAUUUCCUAGUGUUCUGUAAUCUCAUCAAGUACAAUUUGGCAUCUCGAUACUGAUCUUUGUGUAGCGUGGAGCUCUUGUCACUGGAUGAUAAAUAUAUCAUUAAUCUUCAUCUCUUCUGAUGGGAUUAUUUAUCCGGCUGAAAAUGCAUUCAUAUGGAAGUUGUUGAUAGAUAAUAAGCAAUCCACCAUCAUAAACAUGCUACUAUAUUUUCACAGUGUCUGUGUGUUGCACGCAGCCUUGCAUGCGCCAACAUGCUUGUGGGUUUGGCACAGUGUCUAUUAGUGAGUCGUAUUAAAUAGAAAUUGCCAUUCGUCA